AUGACAGACAAGUCGGACAAGAUAGUAGACCCCAAAAACGAAUAUUGGGUAGGUAACAUAUACAAUUUCCGAUCCUUAGAGACAUUGAAUGUGACUAAAGGUUCAAUUAAGCCCAACCAUAUCUUCCGCGGAGGCUUUUUCUUUAAUCGUGGUCUCGACGAUAUCAAAAGUCUCCACACGGAAAAGAAAAUCCAGACCUUCUUAGAUUUAAGAAGUUCAGAUGAAGUCCCUAGUGGAUAUCGCGAGCUUGUCGAAGGUGAAGGGAUAGCUUAUUACAACUCCCCUCUCAUUCCCUUUUGGAGAAGUGUUUUUUAUUUGAUAUUCAGGGUUCCUUUUUGGACGUUUAUAUCUGCUUUUAUGUCUGCGCUCUCUGCCUUAUUACACUUCAGAAUCGGGCUUUUUAUCGAAUCAAUGAAAAGCACAUCAACGUCAUUUCCACUCGGGUGGUUCUACCCUAUUAUAUAUCACUAUGGCAAAAAAGAGUUGAAUGGACUUUUCUCGUUCAUUGCAGAACAUUGCGACAACCCAUUCAUAUUCUAUUGUUCCUUUGGAAAAGAUAGAACAGGACUCAUCGGGUGUAUGAUAGGAAUGUUACUUGGAGCGGAUAUAGAAGAGUGUGUGAAAGAGUAUAAAUUGAGUGACAGAAGCUUGAAAGAUCAUAUGGUUGUUGCAAAAGACCACUUCAAAUUGUUUGGUGGAGAUGAGAAGGGGUAUGAACUUGCAAAGACUGAUGACAAAUUACUUCGCGAGUUCGACAGAUUCAUUAAGACCAAGUACGGGACCAUCGAAAAUUACUUCACGAAAUUCGUUGGAUUGUCGGAACUCCAGAUCACGCAAAUCAGAAAGAACUGCCUUGUUGGUAUAUAA